AUGAGUUCUUCGGCUACGCCUCAAGAUGUACGAGCCUCUGGUAGACGGUUAACUCCUCCUCGGUUUGAAGAGUUAGAAUUGCCUUCGACCUUUGAGUCACUUACGCCUUUACGUCAAUAUACCUCUGCAUCCGUCAUAGAGGAGACAGAGAACGGAAAUGACUACCUGGAUGUCUUUGCAGAAGUUACUGACGCCGACGAAGUCUUUGCCGAGCAGUGGGAAUCUGGAGCAACCGAGCAGUCUACAACGCCUCUGCUAAAGCGCAUCGAUUCCUUCGAUUUCUUUGCAGGAGGAGUCAAUGAGCCAUCAUCGAUAGCAAAGACCCGGACAAUGUCGACUAUUACUACAUUGGAGCCAGUCAAAGAGGACACGCAGCCGGCCUGCGCUUCUUUCUGCAGGGCUCCUGCGUAUGUGGAGCUGCUCUUCGAUGCAGAGACUCCAUAUGCCAGCGACGAAGAUCUAGCCAACCGCAGUAUGUUUACUACUGGCUCUUUUCCUGAGAUAGCGACGUAUCCGCUGAUACAUCAUCAGGAACGUUUGCUGGCUCCAGAUCUUCUCGAUACCAGUGAUCUGAAACUUCAACCGUCCCUGGCGGUGCCUGAACUACACGAUGAUGGAUCACUUGCGUUGGACUCCGACGCCUCUCCGAUCUUUCCAGAAGAUCGAUCUACCAUUCCUGAGCUCACAUGUAGACGCUCCGGUCGGUCUUUGACGCAACUUUCCGGGUCAGCCACCACGGGAAUUACAGCUACCGAGGAGCGCUGGCAACUCGAGCACGACCCCGUCCUCCGAUAUGCUACUAGUCGUUCAUUUCUUCCGGGACGAGAUUCUCUUUGCAACAUCACCACCUGCUCCUUAGCUGUCGAAUACGAUCGCGAUAUCGAAGACCUCUAUCGCGCAACUACUUGCUUUCUUGGCGAUUGCCAUGAUGGCGAGUGUACCUGUUUGGACAACAAGAGAGGUACUCGUUGUGUGCCCGGAGAAGAUUUCGUCCUCGCUGACAAGUAUGAUGACUUCAAUUUGUCAUUGAGGUAUCCCACGGCAAAAGACAUUUUUGAGCUCAUAGACGAGCUAGUUGAUGUGGACAUGUUCGACAUGGAAGAUGGCUUUGGGAACAGCGCGGAAGAACCACAGGCCUUUCCAGACACUUCGCUUACCACUUCACUAGACACAGACGCCUUUGUCGCAUGCGGCCCGCUGCUGUACUCACCUACUUUUGACGAUGUCUCAAAUGUGUGUGACAGCGACAAUGUCUCAGAGACAUCGGAGACAAACGACAAACCAGGUUUGUCACCACCUCGAUACCCUGAAAUAGCAUAUGUCGAUGCUGAAACGCACAAAUGCGUCGCGUAUACCGCUUUGAACCAAUUAUUAUCGAUGCAAGAAGACCGACCGCGUCCGGUGAUCCACCGAGACAUCCCCGAGGAUGAGGAUUACGACUCAGCUGAGCUGAAGGAACACAGCUAUCUCAAUCUAGAAGAUCAAGGCCGCAAGUCCCGGCCAUCGCUACGAGAUGACCCUUGUCCGAGCAGAUUCUGGUCUGAUUUCACAUCAGGUAUUGGCCACCCACCAGCACCGCCACAGACCAGUCUUCAACGCCAGUCAGCUGUGCGCCAACAGUGUCUACCGUUUGGGCUGUACUCCAGCAAUCUGCCUCACCAUCAACGUCGCUUUCCACAGCUGACACUUGCUACUCAGCUCGUGCCUGCAUCAGAGCCUUUGUCCACGGUCGACGAGGAACAGCUGUCUUGGCCCAGCCCGUCUUCCUCAGGAGACUCUAUCGGCUUUGCUGAUUACCAGGGGUUUGCGAAACCCCUUGAGGAGCGCCAACAAGGGUUUUCAAAUGACGCAGACGAAGAAAGAGGGACCUACGUUGAACAUGGCUUAGAGGCGCCGGUGAUGCCGAGCUCACCUCCACUCCUCACAUGCGAGGAUAUGUUCACUGAUGUUGUUUGGGACAGCGCACCCGAUCUCACACUCACUCAGCCCCAUUGCGAACCACAUGCAGCAGCUACAAUAACGUCGCGUAUACCUUCAGCCCCACUUCUCGAAGCGUUCGAGACUGAAGUUCAUAAUCGUCUCACGUUCAUCUUCAGCUGCAUGAACGAUGGACGCUAUGAUGAGCUACCAGUUUUGUGCAAUGACCUUCACUGGACCUUGUGCGCUCUCGCGCAUGAUUAUCCAGCUAUGGCAGUAUUGGACAGCCUAGGAGCAGCUGUAGAGAUCCUAGCUGAGCGGAUAAUAGCCUCGACGCCUGCUUCGUAA